CUUCAAACAUCAUACCCUCCCCCCUCGCAUCAAUCAACCUACCAAUCACACCCGAAACAAUUACUAUAUCAUACUAUCAUACAACCAACCAAAAUGCGCUCCACAACUCUCUCCAUCCUACUUCUAUCAACCCUAGCACUAGCAACCCCAGGUUCCGACCCGGCCAUCGAAAAGCGAGACGACAACACCGACUCAGACUUAUCCAACCCUCUAAGUAACAGAGUCAACCCAACAACCACCACCACCACAAUGCCCACGCUCUUCCCCGAAGUACCCACCUCCAUCAGAUCCGACCUCAUCACUGAAGUUCCGACCUCUGUCAUCUCCGAAAUGACGAACCCGACAGCUUGGUCAUCAGUCGCGAGUGAGUGGAAGAACGGAAUCAUUCCGUCCUGGUACAGCAGUCUGAAUGGGGAUGUAAAAUCGUACUUUUCGACGGCGUUUGAAACGGCUUCGCCUUCCACCUCGUCUUCGCAUGGUGGUGCUGGGCCUGUGGCUCCGAAGGCGACGGGUAUGGCGGGGAUUAUGGGUGCUGCGGGGAUUUUGGGGAUGGCGAUUGUUCUGUAGGUUAGUUGAAGUGGGAAUGUGUAUAUAUAUUGUCAAGACGAAGGGUCAAAGAUAGUAUGGGUCUGAUCUAUCCAGGGCUCAAGAAGAUGGUGGUCAGAGACCACGCAGGAAGAAGAGGAGGUAAAUUGAUCAGCUGACUCUGGCUGGAGUGAAUGUCUCAAUAGCAUCUCGUUUAGCCUGCAUGUAGAAACCAAAAAAUAUAAGGCGGUCUGAAUGGGUUCCAAAAAUGAGUGUGGAACCUUUAAUGAGGAACUCCUCGAAACCUUCCACUUGCCGAUAUUCAUCAGGAA